AUGAGAUUUAAAGAUCUUCAUCUCAAGCUCAAGGCUUUUCUGAUUAGAGAUGGGGGCAAGAAAAGAAAGCCUGAUGCGGCAAAGAAGCCUUCAUGGGUGAUGCCAAUAUCUCAUGGAUGUCAUGUUAUUGAGGAUCAGUCGUUUAGAGGAGCUUCAGAUGGUUCGGGCACUGGCUCAGUUGUGGUUCAGAGAGAGCAAAUAGAGGAGCUGGAGCUAUGGUUUUUUGGAGUUUUCGAUGCUCGAAUUGGAGAUGGAGUCACCAAGUACUUACAAUCCCAUCUAUUUGAUAGGAACCCAAAAGAGAUAAGAAGAAAGAGUAAAGAGACAAUGAGAAAAGCUUAUCUCGGAGCAAGAGCAAAGGUUAAGGAGACACGAAGAUCAGAUGAUGAGAAAUGGAGAGUGGGUUCAGCAUCAGUGAUGGUGAUCAAUGGAGAAAAACUUGUGAUGGCCAACAUGGGUGAUUAUAGAGCUGUAGUGUGCAGAGACGGUGUGGCUCAUCAGGUGGGCCGUAAGCAUCAGCAAACAGCCAAAAGACGCUGGCCUCGCAGGCUCUUUUCUGUACGCAUAUGGGCAUGGAAUUCUAGCAAAGAAGCAGGCGCCAAGCACUCUAAAGGCUCAGAGCUCGUGGUUGGAGCUGAAAGGAUCGACCCUGAUACUGAAUUUGUCAUCAUAGCAAGUAAUGGCAUAUGGGAGGUGAUGAAGAAUCAAGAAGCUGUGAAUCUCAUCAGGCACUUGGAGGAUCCACAAGAAGCUUCCGAGAGUUUAGCCAAGGAGGCUUUAAAUAGAAUAAGCAAAAACAGCAUUUCUUGUGUUGUCAUUCGCUUUGAUUAAAAAUAUGUUUUGUUUUCUUUAUUUGUGUAAUCCUUAAUGUGCAAUUGAAUUUUUUUUUUUUGAAAUUACCAUUUUAAA